CGAUUGUGCGUAGUUUUACCAUAAUCAUUGUUGUUUUGCACGUACGCUGUGUGCUGCGUACUGGUCGUGUGUCCACCUCUGGCUAUUGUUUUUCAUCAGUUAAAAAGUGUCUGUGUUAACAGUGUACCGUGAUCGUGAUGGAAAUCGUGCGAGAAAACAUGCGUGCCGAACGGUUGAAAGCGAGCCAGACGUGCCGCUUCUGUUUGUCGCAGGGCGUACGGCUGAGUUCCAUAUAUGCGCCGCCGGAGCAGAACAAAACAACACCGCUGGCGCUGCAAAUAAUGGCUUGUGUGGGAAUAGAGGUUUACAGAGAGGAUGGCAUGCCGGGGAUGAUUUGUGAAAACUGUCGUAUUCUCAUGAAUUACUGCUACCAAUUCAAGCAGAUGUGCAACAACGCCGAUACGCAGCUGAAAACAUUCCUUUCCACAGGCAUUUGGCCAAAACAGCUAACGCUCCCGAAAGAGUUAGCCACUUUAUUGCCCAAUUCGAAGCAAUCCCCGGUCCGAACGACGAAAUCGCCAGGAUCCGGAACCGUACAGCUCGUGGGUGUGGAGAGUUUAAUCGAAAAGGAGAAGAAAAUCAAUAUUAUAAAGCUAAGCCCUACGGAUCUGAAGAAUAUUAAACUGGGUCAGAGGAUUAAUCUCGACAAUCUGGGCCUUCCUAAAACUACUGGGAAAACUGGGACGGUGCUGUCGGUAGCCAGCGAGGAGAGUAAUGAUUCUGCCCGCAUGCCACUAAUGACAUCCACCCCUAUACCAAAGCGUGUCAAAGAAAUAGAGUAUGUCACCGGCAACAGUGAAACGUCCAAAGUAGCUCAGCAGGACAAAAAGCAACGGAUGAAGAAGGAACAAAUGGUUCAGGAAAACAAAACUCCCAAUGGACCAAUCAUUUUGAACAAUCUGACCAAUGCCGUGGUUCCGAAGGUCGAGGAAGAGUUUGUUUCUACCGGGGAAGGUACGGUAGAGAUGGUGGUGUCCUACGAAACGGUAGAACCAAAAGCGCCGGCCAAACCGGACGUGUUUCCCUGCCCCGAGUGCCAGAAAACGUAUCCACUGAAACAGCUGCUCGACAUACAUCUGCUGUCACACAAGCGGGAGCGCAACUAUCCCUGUGAGGAGUGUAACAAGCGCUUCUUUUCCAAGUACGAUCUGGCCAAGCAUGUGGCCACGCACACCGGCGAACGGCCGUACAUUUGUGUCAUCUGCCGGGCAUCGUUCUCGCGCUCGACCUUGCUCACCCGCCACCAGGCAAAGCACAAGGAUGAACCGAAACACAUGUGCACGUUCUGCGAUCGCUCGUUCCUAUCGGUGGACGAGCUUAACAAACACGUUGAGAACCAUGAGAAAAAUCGUCCCUUCAAGUGUGAGCUCUGCCCGAAACGGUUCGCGUACAAGCAGGGAUUGGAGCGGCACGAAGUUGUGCACAAGGAAAAAUUGCCCUUCCAGUGUGAAUACUGCGACCAAAGCUACCUCACGGCGGGCAAGCUGUCCCGCCAUCUUACAACGCACGCCGGCGAUCGUCCGUAUCCGUGCCGGUUGUGUAACAAAUCGUUCCUGCUUAGCCAUCACCUUUCGCGCCAUCUGCGCCGUCACAACGCGUUUGGCCAGAGCGAGUACAAGUGCGUCGACUGUAAGGAACUGUUGAACAGCAUGGGCGAACUGGUGUACCAUUCGGCCCAGCAUGCAAUGCAGAACCUUAUCUGUCCGCUAUGUCGUGAACCGUUCGAAAGUGUGGAUUCGGUUACGGAGCACAUCAAGUCGCAUGCGGACCAGCUACAUUAUGCGUGCGAUUAUUGCGAUCUGAUGUACACGAGCGAACAGGCCCUGAAUGAUCACUGUUUGGAUUGUCACGCGAAUGAGUUAGCGUACGAAAUACCGGAAAAUCAAUUCACCGUUGUGAUACCGGAGGAGAUGAUGCAAAAUGUGCCACCAUCGGCAUCGGAUGGGAAAGGGCUGGAGGAAGAGUCAACAAACGUUGCUGAACCGGCCCAGGCUAACAAUAACGUUAUGGAGUACGAUCAUUUGAUGGAAGAGGAAAUGUUGGACAGCAUGUAUCUGCAGGACGAUGAAUCAACACUGGUUCCCGACCCAUUGGACGAUACAGAAACAUUUGAAAUCACGGAAAUUGAAGUUACAGCCGAAAAACCGGUGGAAGUUCAGAAAAAUGUUGCUCCCAAACCAUCGCCUCCAACGCAAGUAGCAACAACGAAAAAAGUAACCCCAACAGCAUUAUCAGCAACAACAACUUCAACAGCAGCUGCAACAACAACGCAAACAGCACCAACUAAAAAAACAGCUUUGACCAAAUUAGUGCCCAGUGCCAGCGUCGGUUCUUCGCAGCCGAAGCAAUCCCAAGCUACUGUAGAACGAACGGACGAGAAGCCCUCGCGCCAGCAGCGUAUGGAAGAAUUUUACAAGCGGAACGAGAUGGCAGUGGAGAAGAAAAUGGCUCACAAGAAUGUAUCGGACGUUUUGAAAAACUUACCCAAAGGCGUAACAGUUUCGAAACCCGCACUAUCAUCAACCGCAUCGAGUGGGUCCGUUGAGCAGCUAAAAGCAAAACCAGAAGCAAAACUAUCGUCCGAGAAGCUUAAUGCUGUUGCUGCUCGUCCAUCCACAAUCAUUCCGCAGAAGCGUGGUCCCGGCAGACCGCCGAAAUUGAAACCAGAAGAACCCGCGAAGAACGUCGCAGCUGAGCCACAAGCGGCGGUGAAGAAAGACGGAGGUGCCCAAAAAAUUGCGGCACCGAAGCAUUCCCUUCUGCCGACGAAGACGACCAAACCGGUAGUUGGUAGUAAAAGCGAGCUGAAACGAAGCGCCAGUGCCAUAGAACUUUCCAAAGAUCGCCCAAAGAUAGUGAAGGUAGUGCAGGGACAAGAAAACUCGACCACUUCGGGCAAAAACCCAACCGCCAAACCAACGUCCAAACUGCCCGAAUCACAGUCGUGGAUGAUAAAACGAACGUACGCACCGAAGGAACCGAGCGCAGUGGGCAAGAAGCGUCCGGCAGAAAAGAGUGCCGAAGAAUCGGAGGAGGUAGCACCGAGCAAACGGCCUGCACUGAGUCGAAAAACGUUAAACCCAUCGAUGAUCCGUGUGAUGGAUGAGAAAGGAAAAUCCGACAAUAAGCCGGCCGGGUUUAACGUUGGAACAGUAGGGGGAAGUACGACGGCAGCAACUGCUGCUACUGCUGCUAGAACGGCCACCACUACCACCAACAGCAUCAACCUGAAGCGUGUCGCAAGGUCGGAAAUCAUGAAAGGCACACCGGUGGAGGUAAAUAUCGGUGGCAAGACGAUAAAGGUACACAAGAUUAGCAAGGAGGAAGUGGUUGCCCGGGCAGCCCAGCUUAAGGGAAAAUCGUAGGCACUACUAGCAUGUACGAAAUUGGUUUUACUUUGAAUCCAUGAAUCUUUUUAAGGAAAAUGUGUUUCGUUUCGAUUUUUUUCUGUUAUGCAUUAUGUAAACGAUGUGAGAUUAUUUAAAUGUCCGUAUAGUAUUAGUGUCGGUAGGAUAACAAUUCUACGUAUCGAACAAUUUUCAAUCAUUCAGCCAACACCAGUAUCUUCAUAAUUGUUGUAUGAAUUCGUUCUAUUAUGCAUAAUAAAUAGUAUCUCUUAAACACAA